GUUUAAAAUUUAUUGACAAGCAACUAUUUAUUACAGAAAAAAUCUUCGUGCAACAAAUAAAAUUGAAAAAUGUGAUAAAAACUACUAAGAUUAACCCUAACAACACUGUGUUGGCGUUUGCGCUUAUCUAUACUUUCUCGAAUAUAAUUAAAAUGUUUGGGAGUAUAAUUUAUGUAGAAAUUUUCUAGUGUUUAGAGUAUAAUGGAUGCAUCGGCAUCAACAAAACCUGAUGCCGAUAAUAAUAGUGUGUAUGGUUUCUUCUUUAAACUAGAUGACAAUUAUCCACCGCAAACAAAGCAUAAAAAUACGGUUGUUAAAUACACAAAGCUGCCGGAUUUUGAUUUUGAUUCAAAAGUGUCAUGGCCUCCGCACAGUUACACAUUGCAACCUCGGCUCAGACGCAUAAUAUCACUUGAUGAUGAUGAAUUAAUCAAAACUAAUAGGUCUUUAAAAGCAAGUUUUACUACUGCACCAAAGAUAAUGGCAAAUAAUCACACUAAAAGGAAAAUUGUAACCAUAUCGGAGGAUGAUGAGAAUGAUUUACAUCCCAAAUUCUCUAAAGACAGAAGGAUGUAUCCUGUUAAGACAUCCAAUAGAUCAAUUGAAGCAGAUUUCAAGGAAAAACAAUCAACAAAUAGAACUACAUCAAGAUUAACAAGUUCUUCUAAACAUGCUAAGGAGAUUAAAACAAGUGCCAAAACCAACAGUCUACAGAAUAGGAAAGAAGCGUCUUCUAUAUCACAACAAAACUUCCGGAAACAUCAGAAUGUAGCAAGUCUGUCUGCUGAUAACGCUAAAAUUAAAAAUGUUAAAGAAAAAGAAACAGUGCGCAGUUUGAGAAGUCACACAUCUAGAAUUAGUGUAAGCAAACAUUUAGUCACACCAAGCGAAAGUGAAAACGAGUUGACCAAGAUCAAAAGUAUACUUUAUGAUAAUAUUAAAAGUAGUUCAGCAACAUACAAGAAGCCGGUGGAACGAACUAAAACGGGAAAAUCUGUGCAUUAUCCACCCAACAAAGCAAAGGUGUCAUUCUUAAAAGAUUUUCAGUGUAAGGGUAAACCACUAACAGUGAUACAUGUACCUCUUGAUGAUAAGUAUCAGAAGCAGCGGAAUAAGGAAUCAGAAACUUUACCAAACAUAGAUAUUAAUAACACCGUGGAACGCGGUAAUGACCCAGAUGAUGGGAACCGGUACAGAAAUGUGAUGACUGGCACCGAUCCCGCACCAGAAUCUGUCGACCAAGUGACACACACGGAAGACCUCCAAAUCGAUACAAUAUGCAAGUCCGAAAGCACCAUGCAGACGGAACCUAUGAGCGAAAUGUUCGAUAGUCUCGAAAUACCAAAUGUUACGUUAACGAAGGAUAAGUGCGAACCCAAAGACGAUACACUAACUCGUAGAAUGAAAACUUCAUCAUUGCCAAAUCUUAAAGUGCCACCCUUAAAAAUAGCCUCUAAAGAAAUAAACUCUAGUGAUUUAAGUUUUUGUCAGAGUUCUUCUUAUGUAAUUAGCCGGGCAACACUGACAUACACGUCUAGACAAAAGAUUAAUAUUCAGGUCGUCGCAGACGAUGACGUGAAACACACUCAGCCGCCUAGUCCAUUAGAUUAUCCCAUGAAUGUCGUGUCUGUAUUCAGGAAUGAAUUAAAAAAUAAGAAUAACAAUGAUAAUAUAUCGUCAGAUGAGUCAACCAAGAAGAAAACUUCCUCCAGAGAUGAAUACAUAAACUGUCUGAACGAACUCAAGUCGCUUAAUUGUUCCUACGUCUUUAAUAAGUUAAUGAAACCGUCCGACAUAAUUAGCACAAUAAAAGUUAAUAAAGGUCUAUUACAGAGCGACUACAUCUGUGAACAGUUCCAGCGAGAAUUAAACUUUAUAGAUUCAUUCUUUGAGUCGCUACAGUAUCUGGAGAGUUGCUCCCUUUCCGAAAAAUGUUACCAAGAUAACAAAGUUGAGAACUUCGUCAAUAAUUCUGUGUUAUUUGACUCCACAUUCGAUGUCAAGAAUUCGGAAUACGAUAAUUUCUUGUCGAAGCUCGAAAAUGGCGCGAAUACUGACGACACUGAAACAAUGGCAUCCAAGAGUCUUUGUCUGCUCAAUUUACUCAUUCGCGAUGAGCAAAGAAGAGCAAAGAAUCUUCUAUUUGUUUUGAAAAUGCGUGAAGAUGCGCUGAAGGAUUUCACUAAAUCACAGAUUCUGUGGUUAGAGAAGAAGAAAAAGCACGAUAACACGGAUAUCUCCACGUUAAAAAAGAAGCAGCGCGGCGCACUGCUCAAGCUGCAACACGAGUGCGGGGAGAUGCAACGGAUGCGAAAAGCCCUGCUCACGCUGUCAGAGAAACGCAAAGUGGCCCUUAUGAAAACCAAAAAGAACAUAGAAUUGAAACUCAAAAAUAACGUGGAUGUAGAACAGAUUAUACUAGGGAAAAAAAGGUUGAAAAGAAAUUCGUGUACAGACAGGACUGCUCCUCUUAAAUGUUUUGAUCUAUCGAGUAGCGGAUGCGAAGAGAGCACGACUUCCAGGCCGAACUCGGACGCGACGUUCGUGCCGUGCGAGGCGGUGCCCUCCGCGGCCAGCGUCACCAGCGCCGAGAAGUGCGUGCAGACCAGCGACGCGCUAUGCACCGAGCUCAUGGACAACGCCACCGACACCGCCGCUGAGAACUUCGUAGUCGUCGACGGAGGAUACUUGAACAUUCUGUUCCACAACAUUACCUUGCCACAGAUAUUCAGCAGCGGAAAACAAUAUGAGGUUAACGAGGAAGCUUUGAGGAAUAUCGUUAAUUCAGCCAAUAGUCAUAACAGUAACCUUAGUGGUAGUGACGUUGUUGAGAAACUUAUGGAUCAGAUUAAGAAUAAAGACUCAGAUAAGUCUCCUAGUACACCAUCCACUGCUCGAAGUCUUAUUGAAGAAUUCGACCAGUAUUAUAAGAAUCUAAUAGCAGAUGAUAAGAAUACAGCCACCUCGUCAGAACUAGAAAAUGAUAGUCAAAAAGUUUGUGAGAUCAAGGACUCAAGUGUACAGUCAGUAGAAAUUAAGUCAGAACCUGAAGAGGACCGGUGUGGCCUUAGUACAUCUACGUUAACGUAUAGCUCUGAUAGCACUAGUAUAUUAAAUGAAACGAACUUGUCGACCGUAGAACAACCGUGUGUGUGCGAGUCAGUGGUAUCAGUGGAGAGCCAGUGUUCCAUAGAGACGGAGCUGGGGCCUACUAGUCAAGUGCCGACGGGGCCAUUACCAGUGCCCGUGGGUGCCGCAGCCGUCGUGGAGAGCCAGCCCGCCGAUUCUUGGAUACCAGCGAAGUCGUCAGCAUCAUCUGUCUCCGACUCAGACAGCGUGAGCAGUCAGCCAUUGUGUGCUAGUGCAACACCAGUAUCAACUCUUGCUGCCCCCGUACACUGCGAGGCAGAGGAACUUCGAAGACAGCAGCUUGCUAUCGAGAGAGAGAUUAAAGCUUUAGAACAACAGCAGUGUCGCCUGCUAGUCGUGCGUGAGAUUCCGGACAAGCCGCCGCCGCCUUACACUCCGCCCACAGAAACUCGUGCACCAAAGCCGCCGCGCAUGUUCGCGCCCGAUGAGAACAUCAAAGAGAGUGUAGAGAAACACAUCACUGACCCAGAAAAUACCACCGAACCAACGGAAGCCUUCGAUGUGUUUGUAAAGGACUAUUGCCAGGAGUCGUUGGAGAGGCACAAGCAAGAACAAAGCGACAAGCCGUGGGACGCGUGCAACUUGCUGCCGCAGAAGCCGCAGGUGGACCUGCAGAAGCUAGUAGAGAAGACUUCUACGGAGCUGAAGGAGGUUUUGACUAGCGUCACGCCUGCUGCUGUGUCUGGUGUGUCUAGCCGUCGCUCGGACCACAUCGACGACAUUUUAUUCGCCGAGUGGCGUCGCUGCGAACCCGAGUGGACCACACUACACACAGACGAAGCUAUUGUCAAGAACCAGAUAUUCGAGAGCAUAUUCCAGAAAAUUCUCACGGACACCAUCGACGAAUACAAGAAAACGGUGCAGUGCAACGCUGUCACCACAGACUAAACGCAACAGUGCUGUUAAGGUUCGCUUUGACUCGCAUAAGUGACCAUCAUACACACACAUUUUACUCAUUAGGUUUCGAAAAAUAUUUAAUGUAAAUACAUACGCUUAGAGCAAUUUACUCGUAUCGUUACUAUAGUUGAACUAUUUGGGUACACUUUUAUACGAAGUACUCUAUUUAUUGAAAUGGUAUAAAAACUUUACAAACAAACAAGGAAUGUUAAAAAGAAGCAUCUCUUAUUUCUGUAAUUCAUUCUUUUGUUACGGAAAAAAUAGCUUCUGAUUACUUUUUAAGUUCUUUGUUAAACUAUACAAUGUAAUUUCAUUCUAUAGUUUUCAGAUUUAGUACGUACUGUAGUAAAAUAUUCCAGGCAACGUAGAUUAAGCUGAAGAACAAUAGGUCCAAUAUUUUUUUCAUAAUCAGUUCCAAAAGGCAUUUCUGGUAGAGAAAAAAAAUUACGUUGUUGUUUAUUACGUGUACAGAUUAUUACAAUAUAACAUUUACAAAAUACACAUUAUUUUGUUUUAUUUUAUUUUUUAUUCGACACCAUUCACGAACAGACAUCACGUAUUUAAACCUUUUUGUUUGGUUUUCGUUAAUUA